GACCAAGCAGAGAGUUGUUUUUCCGAUGUAUGAGCGUUAUCAUCAAGAUGAUAGAGCCGACUGAUAGCAUGAAGCCAUCUCUCAAACGGUCAAUACGAAAGUAAAGCAGCAAUCGGCACUUUCUAUGCUAUGGACAGUACGAUCAGUCAGUGUCUAUGUUGAGGUCAGUGUGAAUGACGAUCAAUAUGAGACAAGCAAUAGUUGCGAUCAUCAUGUGUGUUCUUGCCGCGACAGCAUUGGCACAGGACGAGCAUCCGCUUCCGGAUUAUUUGGUUUUCAUGAAACAGUUUAUGGUGAAUGUGCAAGUUCGAGAGCCCUCUGGUAUCAUGAUAUGGACCAGGGAUAGUCCGCUAAUUGAGAUGUUCGGUAUUGAGCUCUACGUUGGCAAACACAGUCAUAGCCACAAAGAACCUAUCUGGGAUCGCCAACUGAUGGUAAACGUUACAAGUACUGUAGAUGGAAAGUUUCUUAUUCAUGAUCGCGACAUGAUCGUGGAAGUUGGUGAUACGAUACGCUACCGAUUUCUCGUGCAUCAUAAACGCACAGUUUCUCACAGCAACUAUCGGCGCAUGUUAGUCACAGAUCAUCUCUUCUUUCGACCCAGAAACACUGUAUGCCACUCAGAAUGUUUGAUACGAGAACAAGCAGGAUAUGAACAAGAGGCAGUGCGGAUGAAGAAGAUCUUGGAACAGAAGAUUGAACAGUGUGUAGGAUCGCAAAGCUCUGAAUAUCUGUUCUUCCCGCUGGAAGGUGCAACAACGCUCGUGUCUGAUCCCAUGCAUUUUAUAAAAUAUCGCCUCUGGCAAAUAGAAGAUCUCAGACCCGUGAUCGAUAACGUGCUAACAGCGUAUGUCGCCCAAAACGGGGUAGGGGUUAAAAUGAGGACAGUAAUCGAUAAACUGAAGGUGCUAGAAUUGGGUAGAGGGAAAAUAAAUGUUAUGGAUUAUGAUGAUCGUCUGACGGAGUCGUAAAAAGCAAUCUGAACAGAAGCAACAACGCAUACUAGAUAAAAGAUCAACUAUUAUCGAAUUCAAUCAAUUCAAAUGUGGACUGUUGCGUCUCUAAAAAAUCCAUUAACAAUGGGAAUUUAAUAAAAUGUUUGAUAUUGAAACUCACCUUCGGACUGUAGCAUCAUAUACCUGCACCGUUAGUCC